AUGGGGCAAAUAUAAUAGAUAUGUGCAACAAAUAAUUAACGAUGUGAUUCAUCAGUAAAUGAUUUAAGACAACUUAUAAUUAAAAGAGAAUGCCUUCAGGAUGGCAGUUCUAGGAUAAUAUUAGAAUAGAGUACUACGAUAACGGAAACAUUAGAAGACCUUAAACUUAAACUAUCUUCAGAUGAAGAUUAAUAGAAUUAAGAUGUAGAAACAAAUAUCAGUAUAGUUGAGUCAUUCUAGAAGUUAGAAAACAAAAAUCUAUCUCAAAGAGAGUUAGAUAAAAUCACUGAUUUCAAUUUCAUCAAUAAUUCAGAUGGAACUAAAAAUAGAUCAAAAAGUGUAUUUAUUCAAAAUAAUCUCUCUGAAAUACCUCCUAAAAGUAUUUUAAAAAAUAAGACAAUCCUUUAGGAUUAGGAAAAAAGAAACUUAUAAUAACAUAAAAGAGUUAGGUUUUCAAUAAAGGAAUUAUAGAAGAACAAAUAAUAGUCAAAAUAUUAGGGAUAUACAAAAAUUUCUUAUCUUUGA